AUGGUCGCGCCGUACGUCCGGGCAGAGGAGUUGGCUCCCGCCAACUUCGUGCUUGGGGGCGGCCCGGGGGAGGGGGCCCCGGGUGGACCUGGGCGACGCGGGGAGGAGGUGACAGGCGGAGGUGAUCUCCCCGCACUCGGGGCGGGCCGGACUGGAGAGGCUCCGGGGGCGGGGAGAACGCCCUCCCGGCGGGCGCUCGGCCAGGUUCAAGAACUCCUCUCCCAACGCCCGGCUCCCUCGGCCCGCGGCCCGGGUCCCCGGUCCCUGGGCAGCCAAGAGGCUCCGAGCUCUCUGCGCGCGUGGCGGCGGCGGCGGCGGCGGCGGCAGCUGCUCCUGGGCUCCUGGGUUGGACUGGGCUGCGGAGCGUCUACGUGCACCCCAUCCCCCUCCGGGGCGCUGAGGCUGGCAGCAGAGCUGACAGCUCGGGACCCGGGCCCGGUGCCUCUCAUCCCCUGUCCCCUUUGUGACCGCAUCCUUGGCCUCGGAGCCCUUCCGCCCAGCCCCAUCGGCCCCACCCGCGCCGAGGUCUCCAGCCCGGAGGGUUGCUGA